AAAUUGGACCCGGAGGCUGACAAAAAGAUGAAGUCACUAUGGAGCAAAGACUCAGACCCUCAUUAUUUUAGCUCAUGCAAAAUAUCAGCUGUCGCUCUAAUAAAGAUGGUCGGUAGAUGCAGCUCCGUCAUCUCAAAAAAACUGAGAAAGGUCGUUGGAACGUCGCUGGUCAUUCUAGACUCCUUCGCGCUACCUGUUCGGGGAACGGAGACGCGUGUAAAUGCCGGUGCAGAGACAACAGAGUAUAUGGUGGCAUAUCAUCAAUGUAGCCAAAGUGCUGGAAGACCGGAGGAUCUAGUUGACUGGUAUCAUUCUCACCCUGGCAAUGGCCGUUGGCUAUCUGGUAUAGACGUCAGCACUCGGUUGAACGAUCAGAAGCAUACAGAUCCGUUUGUUGCUGUGGUCGUUGAUCCAAAUCGCACCAUGACCGCAGGCAAAGUCGACAUUGGCGCCUUUCGCAUGUACUUAGAGGACUACACUCCUGAAAACGUGGCUUCAUCCGAAUACCAAUCCAUCCCUUUAAGCCAGAUCGAAGGUUUUGGUAUACACGCAAAUCAAUACUAUCCACUAGAAACGCAGUUACUGGACUUGCCUUGGAACUCAUACUGGGUUAACACUCUCAUUGAUCUGAACCAGGAAUUAUACAAACAUCCCCCAGUGUCCGCAAAGGACUCGAAAGACGUCAUCGAAUCAUCAAAAGAGGAAAAGAAGGAGAACGAGCUCGCAAAGACCCGGCACGGACUCAUAGUCAUUUUCUCGAUACGACCGGGAAGUGGACAAGCUGAUACGUCCCAGAUAGGGGAAAGUAUGAACAUCGGUUAAUCACCAAGGGUUUGCACCUUCCUACUUUUGUAAUCGCUAAUGCAUGU